AUGCUGCAACAUGGACAUCUUUUCAAUCAGUUCGUCUCUUUGCUUAGCUAUUGUGUAGUCAGAGUAAAGCUGAUUCACAACCAGAGACCUGAUAUUCGUGCUCCGGUAUUGGAAGUGAGUCUUAAGAACGACUCUUUUCUCACCCCGGGCUAUCUGUUUGUGGCACCAUAUGAAACCGAGCGGCCAGGACCAUAUAUCUAUGACACUGAUGGUGAUCUGGUAUGGAGCGGAGCCGAUGGGUCAAUGACCGAACUUUUUCAUGACCUGCAGGUGUGCCCCUACGAGGGAUCUGAUCAUCUGUGCUACUUCCAAGGAAAUCAAAUAGAGGGCUACGCUAGGGGUCGUAACAUCAUCUUGAAUCCAGAUUAUGGACAAGCAGCGACUGUACAAAGUGGGAAUGGUUUGACGCUGAGCGACAUGCAUGAGUUGAACAUUAUUGAUGAGACCUCCGUCCUCAUCCCCAUCUACCAGCCGCGCCUCUACAAUCUAGAGGCGUUCGGUGUACCAGCAGGCAAUGGCUGGGUCAUGGAUGGCGUGUUUCAAGAGAUCAAUAUCACAUCAGGAGAAGUACUCUUCGAAUGGAGGUCUCUUGAUCACGUUAGCAUCUCUGAAACGUACACUCCCAUCCGACUCAACUCAGUCGUGGGUGAUGGUCUGAGCAAUGCGACGGCUUGGGACUACUUUCACAUCAAUUCCGUGGAUAAGAACAACGAUGGUGACUAUCUGGUAUCUGCUCGACAUACCAGCUGCAUUUACAAGAUAUCUGGCCAGGAUGGAUCCAUCCUGUGGCGACUGGGCGGCACAAAUAGUUCAAUACAAAUGCAGGACUAUAAUUUCUCCUCUCAACAUGAUGCGCGCUUCCUGCAGGAGAACGAUACCGUCACUGUCAUCUCACUCUUUGAUAAUGGGAGCAAUGGAUAUAGAAACACGUCAUCAACGUCCUCGGGCAUUAUAGUGUCAAUUGACAAUGCAGCAAAUACCUCAAGCCUAAUGAAGAGAUACGAGGCCCCCGAUGGUGGACUCCUAUCGACAAGCCAGGGAAACCUCCAAACACUGCCGAAUCAACACGUUUUGGUCGGAUGGGGGAGCCAUCCUUCAAUAUCUGAGCAUACCGACGAUGGAACCCCCGUGUUCUUUGCAACAAUAAAUGAUCCUAAGGCGAUGAACUACCGUGCUUUCAAAUUUAAUUGGACCGGAGAGCCAAGUGACGAUCCUGCCCUUCGUAGCUAUGCGACUGCCCCAGGCUCUGCGACUACGUUCUGGGUCAGUUGGAAUGGUGCUACCGAAGUUGACCAUUGGAACUUCUACGGCACGACUUCGGCGUCUGAUGAGUUUACCCUGGUAGCCAAGGCAGACAGGCAGGGCUUUCAAACCACCUAUACUAGUUCCACCUACUACUCCCGGGCAUAUGCAGAAGCGGCCUCGAGCGACGGCUCAAGCCUAGGGAACUCGUCUGUCGUGGAUACGACAUCGACGCUUUCCAAAAUGGACUAG